AUGAAGCUUUCCCCUUCUCUCUCAGACGACCUGGCUCGUUGGGCGGAGCUACAGCCCGUCUUCUUCACCGGCUCGGCUUCUACCCAUGGCCGUCACGUCAACGUCUCUCCCAAAGGCCUGGAUGCGCACUUUGCCGUCCUUGGCCCCAAUCAAUGCGCAUACAUCGACCGCACAGGAUCUGGGUGCGAAACAAUUUCACAUGCGUACGAAAACGGACGUCUUUGUCUCAUGUUUAUGAGUUUUGGCCCUUCGCCGCGUAUCAUGCGACUCUUUUGUCGCGCCACCGUUGUCGAGUGGGAUCAGCCGGCGUUCCCUGCCCUCGUUCGCAAGGUCGCCAAGGGGAAACGAGAUGCCUUUGACGGUGCUCGUGCCGUCAUUCUUUGCGAUAUUUGGCAAGCCCAGACCAGCUGUGGCUUUGGUGUCCCGCGGGUGAAGAAGGGACUUUACAGCCCCGAGAGCCAGGACGAUGCCGGCAACCCCGGUGUCGCAAAGGCUGUUGAAGACAUCCUUCGGGAAGGAUUUGGAGAUGACGAGAAGCUCACCGAGCUUUCCGUCUUUGAACAGCGCCCCAACUUGGAUAGCUAUGCUGCGAACCAGGUCCAGCACAACAAGACGCUGAGCUACCAGAUGGAGAAAAACUGCAGCAGUCUGGAUGGUCUUCCCGGGUUGAGAGCAGCGCGGCGUGAGGCCGGACAGAGGCUUUGGGUGGGCGACUUGAAGGCUAGGAUACGGCGAAUCGUUUCGGAGGGCGAGGCAGUUGCGGCGGGGUUUCUGUUGGCGGUCGUCUUUUAUUUUGUUUUGCUUUGGAUAGAUGUACGCUGGGUUUCUACGAUUAUGUUGUAA